AUGCCCAAUGACGACGCAUUCAACAAGCCCUCGGCACCUUCCGAGACCCCGCAUGCCCCCGGGGCACCGCCGCAGGGCAAGUCCGGGGGCUUCGGCAAAGCGGCUGGGGCGCUGCUGGGCGCUGGUGGAGGCUCGGGCGCCGGGGGCAGCGGUAGUGGCGGCUCAGGCUCUGGCUCCGGGGCGUCGGGCCUGGGCGCCUCCAGCAAGAAGUCCCCGCGGCUGCCCAAGUGCGCUCGGUGCAGGAACCACGGCUACGCCUCGCCGUUGAAGGGCCACAAACGCUUCUGCAUGUGGCGGGAUUGCCAGUGCAAAAAGUGCAACCUGAUCGCCGAGAGACAGCGCGUGAUGGCCGCGCAGGUGGCUCUGAGAAGGCAGCAGGCGCAGGAGGAGGAACUGGGCAUCAGCCACCCCAUCCCGCUGCCCAGUGCAGCUGAGCUGCUUGUCAAGAGAGAGAACAAUGGUGGCAACCAGUGCCUCAUGAAUGAGAGCAGCAGCUCUUCACAGCCGCCAGCAGCCAGUACACCCACAACGGCGGCCUCAGAGGGACGCAUGGUCAUCCAAGACAUUCCUGCUGUCACCACCAGAGGGCACGUGGAGAACGCACCUGACCUGGUUUCAGACUCCACCUACUACAGCAGCUUUUACCAGCCAUCUCUGUUCCCUUACUACAACAAUCUGUACAACUAUCCGCAGUACUCCAUGGCCUUGGCUGCUGAUGCCUCUUCUGGGGAUGUGGGAGGUCCCCUCGGGGGAUCCCCUGUGAAGAACAGCCUUCGGAGCCUUCCAACACCUUAUGUGUCUGGUCAAACAGGAAACCAGUGGCAGAUGAAAAACUCGGAGAACCGCCAUGCAGUGAGUUCCCAGUACCGGAUGCAUUCUUACUAUGGGCCUCCUUCCUAUCUGGGCCAGAGUGUGUCCCAGAUCUUCACCUUCGAGGACGGCCCUUCCUACUCGGAAGCCAAAUCGAGUGUAUUCUCGCCGCCCAGCAGUCAAGAUUCUGGCUUGGUUUCCCUCUCCAGCAGCUCUCCUAUUAGUAAUGAGAGUACAAAGGGGGUUCUCGAAUGUGAGUCUGCCUCGGAGCCCAGCAGCUUCACGGUCACUCCGGUCAUCGAGGAGGAUGAGUGA